AAAAUAUCUGCAAUGAUGUUUGAACUACCUUGCUGUCGCCGAAAGAAAAAGGGAAAAACGACUGAAGCAUCAGUGGAAAAACAGAGCAGACCGCACUCCAUCACCAGAGUCGCCGUCUCAGAUGCUCCCAACGCCAACACCUCUGCGGAAAACCGACAAGAGAGGACUCCUUGGCAACACAGACUGUUUGGUCGACCUGUGAGGAGACAAACAAGUCCCAAAAAACCUACUGGGGAUGAAAGUGGACAGCAGUCCGACCCUCAGCAGAGCAGAGUCUCAGAUGCUCCAGCCUCCUCAGCACCACUCUCAGAAAAACACCAACAAACAGAGAAGAAGAGUCGCUGGAGGUGCCGAGUGUUUGACUUCUGCAGAAAGAAAUCCCGAGUGGCUCCGACUCCAGAAAAGGAGGACGAGCAGAAGGCGAAGGAUGACGAGAAGGCAGCCAACAAGGUGCCUGAGCUGCCAGUUCUCACCUCGGUCCAGGCUGUUCCUCAGACUCUGGCCAGAACGAGGCGCAUCCUCCAAAUCAAUGUCGCACCCUUCACCAGCACACAGAGCCUCAGAGUUCAGCAGCACUGGCUUGGGUUUCCAAACCCAGCACAGAUCUGCUACGUGAACUCCAGCCUCCAGAGCCUGCUCACACUGACGGACUUCACCAGGGCCGUCAACAGCCAGGAGGACGUGUGGGGUUCAAUCCCCGAGGCUGAACUGAUCAGAAGAUUCCUGAACAUUGCGAGGUGCCACAAAUCCAUGGACUCACCGCUCAAACUCAAGGCCCUCUAUUCGUUCAAGAGGACCCUCUCUGAUCAGGCACCUGAGUUCCAGGAUCACCGGCAGAAAGACGCUCACGAAUUCCUGACAACCAUCCUGGAUCAGAUCAGGAGUUUGUCCCCUCUGCUGCAGGAAGUCGCUGCGUGCUGUAAAAAGAGCUACAGAUGCCCCGUCGAGGACCACCUGGUCUUCAGGAUGCAGAUGACCAGGACCUGCAGGAGGUGUGGAUCCGGGUCUACCCGACAGGAGGACUUCACUAACCUGUCUCUGAACCUGGUGCCUGGAGGUUCAGUCCAGCAGAUGGUCCAGGAUUACCUGAUGGAGGCGGAGCUGGACUUCAGGUGUGACUGCGGUGGCAGCACAUCCGGCCAGCAGUCCACCUUUGCCACCCUGCCCAGAGUGCUGAUGCUGCAUCUGAAGCGUUUCCGCUUCACUCCAUCAUUGCAGCUGGAGAAGCUCAAUGAUCCAGUUGAGCUCUUCAGGGAGCUGUUGGUGACCUCCAAGCAGGCUGAGGGUUGGUACAGUCUGGUGAGCGUCAUCAGUCAUCUAGGCUCCAGAGGGAACAGUGGACACUACGUGAGUGACGGGAUGCACCCAGAGGCGCAGCUGGACGACUCUGCUGACCGCUGGCUCACCUAUAAUGACUCCGAGGUCAUAGAGACUACAGGGGCCUCUGUCUGCCAACGUCGUCAGAGAGCGGCCUACAUCCUGCUCUACCAGCGACGGAUGUAGAGCAGCCUGGGAUAGUGGGACUUUAUGUGGCGGGCUCCUGAGGAACAUGUAGCCCAGGUGAGCAGCCACGGGAACUUCACAGGUAAGCUUGUUGUUUCCCUUCCCAUUGUCUUUCUGCAGGUGCUGAAGGUGUGCUCUGAGAUGGACAAGCAGCUCGUCUCGUGGCCUGAAGCAGCAGGAGGUCCCCCAGCCUACAGGAGGAGGGUUGACUGGAAAUAAAUACAGAGAGAGAGUUGUGACCGUGGCCCCUCACGCCCAGAGAGUUGUGACCGUGGCCCCUCAAGCACAGACAGUUGUGACCGUGGCCCCUCACGCACAGAGAGUUGUGGCCCCUCACGCACAGAGAGUUGUGGCCCCUCACGCACAGAGAGUUUUGACCGUGGCCCCUCACGCCCAGAGAGUGUGACCGUGGCCCCUCACGCCCAGAUAGUUGUGACCGUGGCCCCUCACGCCCAGAGAGUUGUGACCGUGGCCCCUCACGCUCAGAGAGUUGAGACCGUGGCCCCUCACGCACAGAGAGUUGUGACCGUGGCCCCUCACGCCCUGAGAGUUGUGACCGUGGCCCCUCACGCUCAGAGAGUUGAGACCGUGGCCCCUCACGCACAGAGUUGUGACCGGAUUACAGAAUUAGAAACAGCUUUUGUUUCCAAAGCAACAUGAAACAACUGACUGAGCACCAGAAAGACAAAACAAGAUGUGCAUCGACUUCAAAUAUAUCUGUAAAAAAAUAACUGUCAAAAUGAUUAUUAUUGUGUUAAAAUGUCAAGAAGAACAAGCAAACGACCAACAUAUACAGCAGGUGUUUGACAAACACUGCUAACUGAUAUGUAAAAUAUUAUAAAACACAUUUGUAUUAAGUGUAUAAUGCUCAUCUGUUUUAAAGUUGAAACGUUUUCAUGAUUUAUAUCUUUAUGAUGUGAAAUGCUGACAGUACUUGCUUAUUUUCUGACACAUUGUUACAUAAAGU